GUGAGUGAUAAAAUUCCAUCAAAAUAUUUUAGGGUUCGAAUUACUCAUGACAAUAUAUGAAGAAGAGAUGAAGGCGGUGGUUUGUGUUGGAUUAAGAUUUGGUGCGUAGCAUUCGUGAAAAGAAAAGGAAAGAGAUUCGAUACGUGCAUGUCACCAAAUCGAAAAUACAUAUGUCAACUUAAUUUUCUAUUAAUUUCCCAAUCUAAUCUAGAAUAACAGAAAUAUGAACUCGCUUAUAUUCGACGCUUGAAGCCGGUCUUCAAUUUCUCUUGGCCGUCUAAUUGUUUGAUGAAAUGGGUUUUCGAUUCUUAAAAACUCUGCACCCUGCUUCCAAAUCAUGCAUCUCGAGACUCAAAUCAUCUCAGCUUUGCAACUCCGAGAUUUUCAGAAACUCUUGUGCUGCUGCGAAUUCUGAAUUUUAUGAUCGCUCAACCUUUUAUUCUGAAAACCCAAAUCUCAAGAUUUUCCGGCGCUGGCAUGGAGGCCACUCACACCACCACCACGAUCGCCGGGAUUCUCAUUCCGGAAAAGAGGGCGAGAAAAUUUUCCGGCUAGGCCUCGCGGCGGACAUCGGAUUGGCAGCCGGAAAAGCCUUCACGGGAUAUGUAUCCGGCAGCACCGCGAUUAUUGCUGAUGCUGCUCAUUCCAUUUCUGAUGUGGUAUUGAGUGGGGUGGCAUUGUUUUCUUUUAGAGCUGGAAGGGCGCCCAAGGAUAAAGAACAUCCAUAUGGGCAUGGAAAGUUUGAGACGUUAGGAGCCCUUGGAAUUUCAAGUGUGCUCUUGUUAACUGCUGGAGGCAUUGCUUGGCAUGCUAUAGAUGUGCUGGCGGUUGUAUGGUCGGCUGCUCCAGAGAUAAUUAACCAGUCCUUGGCUCAUAACCAUGCUCAUGGUCACCAGCUUGGUGGACAUCAGCAUGGAAUCGACAUGGAGCACCCGAUUCUGGCUUUGAAUAUGACUAUAGUCUCCAUAGGUGUAAAAGAAGGGCUGUACUGGGUUACUAAGAAAGCAGGCGAAAAGACUGGCAGUGGACUCAUGAAAGCUAAUGCUUGGCAUCAUCGUGCAGAUGCUAUCUCAUCAGUAGUUGCCCUCAUUGGGGUUGGUGGAUCUAUUCUUGGGGUGAGGUUUCUUGAUCCUCUUGCUGGACUUCUUGUUUCUGUGAUGAUUUUUAAAGCAGGACUUGAAAGUGGUUACCAAAGUGUUAUGGAAUUGGUGGAUGCUGCUAUUCCAUCACAACAGCUCGAACCUUAUAAACAAACAAUACUUGGGGUUGAGGGAGUCAAGGGUUAUAAUCACCUCAGAGGAAGGCGAGCUGGAUCAAAUCUGUACCUUGAUGUGGAUGUUGAGGUUGACCCUUUUUCUAGCGUUAGUGCUGCACAUGAUAUUGGUGAAAAUGUUCGCAGUCAGCUUCAGCUGUCCCAUCCGGAAGUGGCAGAAGUCUUUAUACAUAUAGAGCCAGCAACUUCACAGAUUAUGGAAAGUGGUAGUAACCAUCAAAGAAGCUGUAACAGCUCAGAUCAUCAUUGCAAUACUGCCCCACUAGAGCCCACAGAUGUUGAGGACACUGUCGGAGAAAUUUUAUCAUCGAACUUCUCAGAGAAAAUGAGUGUCCAACGCAUCACACGCCACUCGUUGCAAGGGCAGAUUCUUCUCCAAAUUGAGGUUUCCAUGCCCCCGGACACAUCAAUCAGGGACGCUGUGGAGGUUGCAAAAGAGGCGGAGAAGAAGAUCUUGGAGGUUGUGACGAGCAUCAGGCACGUCUCCAUUCAGCUGCAACUCGGCAGCCCAAUGCCCAACUUCCCACAAUGAGAUCAGAAACUUCCUGCUAGGCGGUCGCUGCUGAUUUUGUAGCGUUUUUAUUGCAUUAGUUUUUCUACUAGUAGUAAGAAAGAUUUGAGGCUGCUGAAUAAUGCAAAUCUGUUGUGGCUCUUUUUAUAUUUAUAUAUAUAAACUCUGCUGAAGAUAUAUAUAUAUAUUUAUAUAUAUAAUUCUGAAUGCUAUGCACCAGUUUUAAUCUCA